AUCGCACUAUUACCAUUACUUUGUCGCAUGUAAACUGCCAUCGACAUUCAUACCAUGGCGUCGCAGCCGCCACCGCCGUCGCGCACCACAAGCGUCGGUCCGCAGAGCGCAGGCGGCAUGAGCGGUCCUCCUCCUGCCACAGCGCCUGGUGGAGCUGGGGGGAAUCAGCAGCAGAAUCUCAAUCAAAUUGUACUGGAGUAUCUCUCUAAGAAGGGGUAUAGCCGUACGGAAGCUAUGCUUCGGAAAGAGAGCGCGAACACAGAUCCCAACGGAAAUCCCAUCCUCAAUUCAAUCGAUGAAAUGGGCGGCAAAAAGUACGGCCGCGCUUUCGACCUGACCUACAACUGGGUCGACAAUGUGCUGGACAUUUACAAGCCAGAAUUGAAGCGGCUUCUCUGGCCGCUCUUUGUGUACUCGUACCUGCAAUGCAUCAGCGAGUUCUACUCUCGAGAUGCGGAGGAGUUCUUCGGGCGCUUCAAGUCUCAUUUUGAACGGGAACGUUCCGAGGAUGUCCGCGCGCUCUCGCGGCUGUAUGAACCGGAACAUGCGCAGGACAACCAGGUCGCGCAACUUUAUCGGAAUAACAAGUACCGCUUGACACUCAGCAACAUGGCAUUUCAAACGUUGAUGACAUACUUGGAAAAUAAGGACAGCGAGGGGGGCAGGAUCGUUACCAGCAUUAUCGCGCAGCACUUGGACAUUAGAGUCGUGGACCGCGCUGCUGCCGGAGCUGAACGAAGUCUCGCCAAGAUGAUCACCAACCGAGGUGGCCAGGACGACGUGCCGGCAGAGGACGAAGGCAUACCUGGGCACAAUCCGGGCUCUGCAAAUCUCGAUCCCAAGGCUCCAGCAGUGCUCUCGAAGCUCACUCUGGGACCGCUACCAAUGGAGAGCGAACUGGUGGAGGACGUCAAAGCAGAGCUUCAGGAGCAUGAUGCCUCCCAUCCGCCAGGGCCGGGUCAGAACUCACUUAUCGAUCAGUUCGAAGAACGCAUCAAGCGCGAAGAGCCUGAUGAUGCAGCGCCACAGCGGGACGCGCUCCCUUUCCCACCGUCCACGGCAAGAGACGUGGCCAUGGAAGUGCAGAGAGUGAAAGAGAAUCGUGAUCGCUUCCGCAUUGAAGGCAAGACGGGUGGCGUGGGACCAGGGGUCAGCGUGACCAUGUUCACCUUUCACAACACCUACGACAGCGUCAACUGCAUCGAGUUCUCGGGCGAUAAUUGCUUGGCUGCUGUCGGUACAGCCGAGUCCUACAUCCGAGUCUGGUCGCUGGACAAUCGCACCUUGACAUCACCUACGGACCCUCCGCAGUUCCAGCCUUCAUCUUCGCGGCGACUUAUUGGGCAUUCAGGUCCCGUCUAUGCUCUUUCCUUCUCGCCAUCCAUCGCUAUUCCGGAACCACAGACCAAUGGCCACACCAAUGGGUCUACUUCAUCGAACUCACAUCCGAGAUAUCUGCUAUCUUGCUCCGCCGAUUGUACUAUUCGCUUGUGGUCUCUCGACACCUGGUCGAACUUGGUAGUGUACAAGUCGCACAACAUGCCGGUAUGGGACGUGCGCUUCUCUCCUUACGGGUUCUACUUCACGUCAUGCUCUGCAGACCGAACCGCGCGAUUGUGGAGCACAAAUCAGAUUGCCCCUCUCCGGUUGUUCGUCGGACACGACGCGGACGCCGAUGUGGUGGCGUGGCACCCCAACAGCGCAUAUGUAUUCACAGGAUCCGGUGCGCCCGACCGUACAGUGCGCAUGUGGGACAUACAGAGAGGACAGGCGGUGCGCAUUUUCACGGGCCAUGUGGGCAAUGUCACCGCUCUCUCCUGCUCGCCUAGUGGCAAGAUGGUCGCGAGUGCUGAUGACCGAGGCGAGAUCAUCCUCUGGGAUUUGGCCAGAGGCCGUCUAGUCAAGCGCAUGCGUGGACACGGUCGCGGUGGUAUCUGGAGCUUGGACUGGAGCGUGGAAUCCAGCGUACUGGUCUCUGGUGGAGCUGACGGCACGGUGCGUGUGUGGGACAUGCAGCCCAACGGGGAUGGUCAAGGCAAAGUGGUCGGUGAGGGCGGCACUGGGACCAAGAUCGAUGGCGCAACAUCUGGUGGAGGUGCUGGCACCAAGGGCAAGUCUAAGAAAGAUGUCGUGGUAUCGCCGGACCAGAUCUCGGCAUUUCCGACCAAGAAGAGCCCAGUCUACAAGGUCGGCUUCACGCAAAUGAAUCUGGUGAUUGCUGGUGGUGCGUACCUGCCUUGAGUACGUCUUCACGACCACACCAAGCACGAAAGCGGAAGGUUUGCAUGAAAGGAAAAUGUGGUAUUAGCAAGGCGUUUCGGGUAUUGGCCUCGAGUUCAUGAUACCACAAGCAAGAUUGGUCACAGCAUGAGCGUUUGAGAAGAAAAUGGGAACGUAGACUGGUUUGCUCUCAGAGAGCGAGGUAAUGGGGCAGUAAGUACAUGGCAUCCCACCUCCGUCCGACAGAUACCACACGUACGUACAUAGGUACGCAUACAUUGUACUGCUACUGUCUCCCCGAGCCGAUCGAGUUGCAAGCAUUAUCCAGCAAAGUCUGGACAGCUCAUCGAUGUGGCUGUGCAUGCUUGUACCGCCACAGCAAUAACAG